AUGCCUUAUGAAGAAGAUGGCGAGUCUUGGGACCUCAACUACAGCCAGCAUGUGGAAGGAAUGGCUGAGAAUAGGCCUGGACACAAAAAGUUUGAUGCAUACCGGCUACCGAAGUGGGUGAAGCAUCCUCUCUCACAUCCAUUCAGCGGUAUCACCAUUGGCGCUGAUGCCUACGCCUACGCCUGCCUUAACGGCACGUUGGAUGGUUUGACAAACUUCCUUGGCUGGGGCCCAGCCCACAUUGCAUGCAUGUAUGGAAACAUGGACAUGCUGAAGGCCUGCACCGAACAGGAACUCAGUGCUCAAACGUUCAACGGCGAGACGCCUGCGUGGUAUGCAGUCCGGUACGGAACAUCUUGGUGUUUGCAGUGGCUCGUGGAGCAUGGUGCAGAUACAACGACCCCUGACCUGAAUGGCUACACACCGCAGCAGUUAAUCCACGUCAACAACCGCAAUGAUGGGGUGGAAAUGGAAUGGCUCGAGGCUGCUAUCAAGGGCGAGCUCACAGAGAAGAAAAAUCAGCAAGCACAGGAGUACAAACUGAAGAAGUGGCGCUUUGAGGGCUUGGACUCCUACGCGGAGGACUGGCUAGACAAGAACAAAGCAAAGCAGCGGAAGCACAUGUACAAAACUGGUGAUUUUCCCGACCCGUAUCCUCUGCCGACGGCGGAGGAACUUUGGGCGAAGAUGGACCUGCCUCGCUCAACGAUUCCGCGUCCGCCCGCCAAAAGCAAGCCGCCCCUGCCGGUGGCAAUGCUUUUUCCCGGACAGGGCUCGCAGUAUGUGGGCAUGCUCAAGUCCUGCCUGGACAUCCCAGCAGUGGAGAAGAUGCUGGAGAAGGCAGAGAGCGUUCUCGGCUGGAGCGUCAAGAAGCUGUGUCUGGAUGGACCCCAGGAACAGAUGGAGCAGACCAAGUAUUGCCAGCCCAUCAUGUUCAUUGCAGGACUCGCCGGCAUCGAGCUUAUGAAGCAGACGAAACGAGAGAUGGUGGACCGAGUACAGGCUGUGGCUGGCUUGAGUCUUGGCGAGUACACCGCCCUUUGUGCCGCCGGCGUGCUGGAGUUCGAAGAUGGCUUGGAGCUGGUGAGGUUGCGUGCGGAGGCCAUGCAGAAAGCCACCGAGCUGGUACCGCAAGCCAUGUGUUCAGUGGCUGGCCUGGACAGAACCACCGUCGACCGCCUGUGCAAAGAGGCCAAGGAGCUGGACACGAGCUCGCCCUCGCCUGUAUGUCAGGUUGCCAACGUUCUGUUUCCGGCUGGCUUCACCUGUGGUGGCACAAAGCCUGCCAUUGAAAAGCUAUGCGAAUUGGCGAUGAAGGCACGAGCUUUGCAGGCUCGUGCGGUCAAGACUGGCGGUGGGUUCCACACGCCUCUUAUGGCGCCAGCUCAGGAGGAGCUGUCGAAGGCGAUCGAUGCAACGCUCCCCAAGAUGAAGGCUCCGAGGUGCUCCGUGUACUUCAACCUGACCGGCAAAAAAAUGCCACCAGGAACGAAGCCAUCGGAGUUCGUUGACUACAUGAAGAAGCAGCUCACAGGUGAAGUCCUCUGGGAGCAGACGGUGAAGCAGAUGGUGUUCGACGGGGUGAAGGACUUCUACGAGGUGGGCCCGCUGAAGCAGUUGAAGGCCAUGAUCAAGAGGAUUGACCAGGACGCUUUCAAGCGAACCGAGAACAUUCCCGUCUGA